GCUGUCAUAUACCUCCAGUGCUGGCAGACAGGAGAGAGCAGAGCAGGGCAGAGUGCUGGAGGAAUCAGUAGCAGUGUCUCAGAUACAUCAUGGCUGACAAGGAGCAGAAAGUCCAGUACUACACCCUGGAAGAGAUACAGAAACACAAUCAUAGUAAGAGCACCUGGAUCAUCCUCCACUUCAAAGUGUACGAUGUCACCAAGUUCCUGGAGGAGCAUCCAGGUGGAGAAGAGGUUCUACGAGAACAAGCUGGAGGGGAUGCAACAGAGACCUUUGAAGACAUUGGUCAUUCCACAGAUGCCAGGAAUAUGUCAAAAGAGUUUAUUAUAGGAGAACUUCAUCCAGCUGACCGAUCCAAAAUUCAAAAGCCUACAGAAACCUUUAUUACUACUACUGAAUCAGAAUCCAGUUGGUGGAGUAACUGGAUCAUUCCCGGCAUUUCAGCUGCUAUUGUUGCCUUAAUGUAUCGUUUUUACAUGGCAGAAGAAUAAGAUAUUCGACAAGAAUUGUGGAAGAAAUGCUAUUUCCGACCUGAAAAUAAGAUCAUCAUUUUACGAUGGCAAAAUCCGAUGUAGUGUAUGAACUGUGCCAACCAAGUCCAUCUCCUGUUGUUUCUCAUUGAAUCCCUUACAUUAAAGUUAACCUGCAGCCCAUUUUAAACUUAAAAAAAAAAGUAUUUUCUAAAGCAUGUACCACAAGAUACGUGCUAUUACCUUUAUAAGUCAGAAGUGCGUUCUCUGUGCCUGCCUCUGAUUUAGCUGUACUUUUCUUACUGGGGCCUGGAGUUUCCCGAUUUCAUGGACAAGCUCCAGCAAAAGGUAGUCCCAUUGGCCAGUGAAAUGGUAGUACAGUUUGCCAAUGUCAUGGAUAGUCAGGCCCCAGUAACAAAGCAAAACUACAUCAGGGGAGCUUCUGAACACUAAAAAGCAAGCAUCAUGUGAUUUUUGCAGGACUUUUACCUUUUAAAUUGCAUUAAAGGGAGUACAGAUAAUAAAUUGCAGUUCAGACAUCCGAGCCAUUUAUAACUUUGAUAUGUACGUAUAGGUGUCCUGACAACAAACUACGAAGCGUGACAUGUUUUCACAUACCGGUAUUUGAGUUUUUGUUUUGCUCUUUCUCAGCUCUCUAUUUUCUAUACCUUUCCUUUAAAAGAAAUUGCCAUUGCUGACCUUUCUUUCUGAAAUUGCUAGUUCCCCAAUGUCCUACUAAUACAGUUGCUUCACAACUUCUGAGUCCCUAACUUAGACUGCCACUUUCCAGGUAAGUGACCUUUAAUUUAUUGAAGCCAGGGAACUAGCAUUAUCAGAUCAAAGCCAGCAUUCGAGGCAUCCAUAUUUGAAUGCCAUACACACUCUGUUAUCUUUUAUUGUAUAAUAGGUGAAAACACUCUUGCUGUUUUACAAUCUAAUUGGCUGACCUCUCCCGAGUGUGGAACCCAUGUGCUUGAGGGCAGAUUUGAGAAAUGCUGCUGUCAGAUCUAUCCAUAUCUGCAGUGUGCCCUGCUCAUUUAUACUGUAUAUUGAGGGCUUUGGCUUUUAAAGGAAAGGUAAUGGUAGAUGAUGUACAAUAACCCGUAACAGGUUUCGUUGUUUGUUUUAUUUAAACUGAGUUUAUUGAGAAUAGACAUAUAUUCAGAAAAAAGGGCAUUACAUUAAGCAUAGGUAUUGGACAACAUAAUAAAUGAUAUGCACAAUGUGAUUUCAAAAAUAAAACCUACAAUCGGCUGAUGGGCCCAAAUGAACAG